CCUGAAUUUGCAUCCUUAUUUUUUUGCAAUUCAUUCACACAUCAAAUUUCAAUUGUGUUUGCAUCGAGUCUUUUCUUCAUUCGUUACCCCAUUUCAAAUCAAUCAAUCAUCUCUUUCUCUUUCUCUUUCUCUUUCUCUUUCUCGUCUUAUUCUUUUCUUCCUUGCUGUAUGUCCAUAUCCGUUAUCCUCCAUUCCUCCCCCUUUUUUUUUAUUACUUUUUGCUCUCUUUGUUGGCACGCAACGCUCAAUUGACCGCCAUUUCGACCAAAGUCACUUGUUCAGUCUUGGCUCAUAACUUUUAAUACAUCCUGGACUACAAGUGAUCAUAUCUGACCUAAUCUGGACCUAAUCUGACUUGAUUUGACCCGACUUGAUCCUGCUCUCUUGCUAAAAGUGAGGGGGUUUGGCAUUUCAAAAGAUGGUGGUGCAUCCUCGAUUGGUGGGUGUACUCCUACGAGGACGGUCUAAUUGGAAAGCAGUGGUGGAGACUGAUAUCUUUGUGCUUCAGCAUCAUCCACGUCAGGAGAAUAAUCCAUACAGGAUCAUUACCCGAGGAUUCCCUCAUUACCGAGUGGCGGAAGGGGACUCAAUUGAGCUUCUAAAGGAAGAACUGGACCAUCUGUCACAGAGUGCACGCGUUGUCAUCCAAGGCAAGAUCACAUCCAAGAAAAUCGUAACCUGGCUCAAGGGAACCAGCACCCCGAACGCUCUCUCUCCACCAGACAUCGAUCUAUUGAAUCAAGAGCAAGAUGAUGAUGAUGAAGAGUUCCAUGAUGAGGACGGAUACCUCUCUGGUUCUGAUUUAUCCAUGUUCUCGGAUGAAGAGGAUACACCUAUAACAGACAGUUUUAAGCUUGGGGUUGCUGGGCGCUUGUUGCGAAAGGCCAUUUCAUUAGAGGAUGUUAAAAAGCGCUCCUCUACUACUAAACCCCACCGACAUAGUCAUCAACACCAACGUUCUCGUCACCAACAUAGUACAUUGUUGACAAAUGAUCUUCCAGAAAGACCUGGAUCUUCAGCAUCCGCUUCAUUCCUCUCUGUUCCCUCUGGCUCCCUUCCAUCGUCAUCAACAGCAGCGACAUCACAUCAGUUUCAAUAUCAUCAGCGCAUGCAACAACAACAGCGACUACAACAACAACAACUUCAGCAAUCCCAAAGCCGAUCGCACCCACAGAAUCGGUCACAACACCAAUAUUCAUUAAAACCACCGUACGAGCUUGAUUACCUUCAUAAAGAUUACCACCGUCCGUCUACAAUGUCACAACAACGUCAACAAGAAGACAACUAUACCCUUUAUACCCUUGAUCCUGUAGAUCGUCACCAGCAUCAGCAGCAUGGAGACCAAAGUAUAUAUCCUAAUAGUAAUCAACAUACUACAACAUGGACGCAGUCGCCCGACAAGGAGGAUGUACAGAUGUUCCCUUUCCUCAACCUUGGCAGACGCAGCAAUGGCGGUAGUCGAGAUUCCGAUUCCUUUCAUCGAUCAACACAUGAUGGAGGAGUAUUUGAGCCCCCUGUCGCCACUGUGCCAUCCGAUAAGGAUGAACAGCAACAACAACAACAACACCAGCAGCAGCAGCAAGCAAAUGGAGAUGGGUCGACUAGGAAUACCAGUGGAUCGUUCGGAUGGUCUAGUGCGCCUUUAAUCUUGAAUACUAUUAUAAGCUGGAUAGAAGGUCCUCCAGGACUCUUGGCUGUAGCAGGAGCAGGAGGAGCUAACAGCAAUGGCUCUGGUGGUGGGCCUAAUACAGGAACCAAGAAGAGUGAGAAGCCAAACUCAAUCCUGGAAAUCCCACUUCAGUUCAUUGCAUUACUGACUUAUCCAGAGCCGGAUCCACGGAAUGGCAAUAAAGUGACCCUUGCAAUGGUCCGUGAGACAGCAUUUGUAAAACAGCGUCGCAAGACUCUGUUGAUGCUGACCGCAUACACACUGCUAGUACGGUAUUGCAGUUUUGACUUUUUCUUAGUUCUCUUGUUUGCCAGUAAUUGUGGGAUGCUCUUCCUGAUGAAGAACUCUGGUCGGAUGAACGUCAACAUGGCCAAGAGAGCUGUCAAUCAGCGCGUAGGCUGGGCUAAACAAUGGGCAGGCGGUAUUUUUCGACGCGGAGGGGGAGGAGGAGGAGGGACACCAGGAAUCAGUAAUACCAAUAACCAUGUCAAUAAUGGAGGAACUAAUCAUCAUCAGCAGAAUAACAGUAUUAACACCAAUACCAAUGGUGAUGUUACAGCCAUGCAGCAGCAACAGGAACAACAGCAGUGUGGCAUGUCGUACUUUUCAGCAAGUGCAACUUCAAGCAAAUCCACAUCAAUGCUUUCUUCUACCUUGGCAACAGGUUCUGGCACCGGCUCAGGCCCUGCUGGCGGUGAUAAAAGUGAGAGUGCACAAGAGGAAAGUCCCCAACAAUUCAUCAAGCGGUAUGGUCUAUUCGGAAAACGAAAAGCUUUGAAUAUGAUCAAUUCCGCUCCUACGACUCCUUCCGGCGGCAUUCCAGCCCCUACAGUACCCUCUACACUCUCUGCAAUCCUUGGUAGCUCGUCUCUAUCAAGUGAUGGAGCAACGGUAGCGCGAGGAGCAGGGGUAGUGGUAGGCGAUGAUGCCUCGAUCAUGACGGGUCGGACCCAACGACGAGGGUUUUUCAAGCGAAACGCCACACCAACGGCACUAGCAUCAACACUUACACUGGCUAGUAGAUCAGCUACAGCGCCGCCUGCUGCAAUAGCGACAGCAAUGAGCGGUCCUUCAACUGGAACUGGUACUACUUUGCCCUCGAAGCCACCAGCAAUUGUGUUAGGGUCUGCAUCUUCAUUUCACUCGUCUAUUUUUACAUCUCGAUUGGUCGGAGGCAGCAGCAGCAACAGUCCCACUAUCGUACCGACAUCUACCUCAGCUCUGACUCCAGUGACUAAUGUCUUACAGUCGCAGCUUCAGUCCUUGCCACCACGCUCUCCUAGCCCUAAUACGGUUCGAAGAGACUUUUCAUGGUCGAGACCUUGGAGCUCGACUCCCCUGCCACCAUCACUAGCGCCAAUGCCGACGCCUACGGCAGCUUUAUUGCAGAAGCAACUCGUUGACUCUCCUUUAUCUGAUUCUACCUGGGAGUCCCCAUCUCCAAAAUCUAUGCCCGUUGUCACCUCAGAUUCAACCCCAGCAACAGCAGCAGCGGCAGUAACAGCCCCGGCUUCACCUUUACAGCAGACACAGACACAGACACAGACACAAACAAACCGAUCAAUUGUUUCAAUUAAUCCACGUCUAUUUCUGCCUGGAUUCUCUCUCAAGCAGCAGAAUCAACAGCACCAGAAGCAGCAGCAGCCAGAACGGCAACAACUGUUGGCAACAACUCCCCUUACUAAACUGAUGACGGCAACCAUGACUACAGAGCCAGCCAGAGAUACAGAUACGGCUGUAGCUACAACUACAGCCACAGUUACAUUUGCGACCUCAUCUUCAAUGGAAGAAGGUGCCACUACACCCAUUUCACCGCAGCCCUUAAAUGUAACAAUUUUGUCGUCACCAACCUCUAUACUUCAUGAAAGAGAAGGAGGGGAAGAGAAUGAACCUGAUCAACUGGGCUUGAUGACGCCAAACGAGAGUGGUGAUGAUAUCAUGUUUCAUGAACGCAUUCAUGGCAUCCAAAGAAGAAGAGAUGGAAGAGUAGAAGGAGAAGGAGUAGGUGUGGAGUCUACGGAGGAUGAGGUAGUGGAGGCUGCUGUAGAUGUAGAAAUGCUGGGACAUGUGAUAUCAACAGAUAGUUCUAGGUAUCUGUCCAGGUACAUGUCUUCACCUGAGACAUUAUCACUUCCGUCUAUGCCAUCGUGUCAACAACGAUCCCAAUCGCAGUCGCAGCUACAGUCAAAAGAAGAGACCUUAUUGGGAUUAGACCACACAUCUAGAUCUACAGCAGUAACAGAACCAGAGAUAGAAGGGUUGUUGUUAUUGGAUCGAGAAGCGUAAAAAGGAGUAAGGAG